AUGGCCACAAUUACAACCACAACUACGGCUGACGCGCAACACAGCAUCGUGCAAAUGGCCACCCGACAGAUACCACACGGCCUUGGCUUGCUAACAACGGUCGCCUCGUUGCCACCAAAAUACCGCAGUCGCUACCUGAAUCUAAAAGCUAAGCUUGAAACACCGCUAGAUCUUUCGGUGAAGCCGAAUUCACCUGUUCCCACGAAUACAGAUGAGAUAGCAAACGAUGUACCUAUGGCUACCACAUUUACGGAAGUGUAUACAGAGCCAGAUCCUAGUGAUGAGUCAGUGAUUGCGCAAGUGUUUAGUGACUCCAGCGAGGUUUCGCUGGUGCCCAUCAGCAAUGAGGUAUACGUAGUGCAAGAAACUGUGCCCGCAACGGAGGAUGCCAUUGUAACCAUUACACAAAUUGCCAAACCCAUAACUCCACCACCAACGCCCACCAAGCGUAAACACUCGGUUAUGCUAGAAGAAGUGGCCACGGAACAAGUGAUUAAAGCUGCAGAGGCACCAAAAGCUGUGCAGGCGCGUGAGAAUCCAGCUAAGCUAGCGAAAACUGCUACACAUCCGACGACAAAACGCGAUUGCACUCCCUCUAAGCCAAUCAAAGCCACAGACACUGCACCAAAAACGGUUAAAACUCAGCCACCAGCCACUAAACCAGCCAAAAACAAGGCGACGCGCAAGCUGAAGUUCGAUGAAGAGACCAGUUCACCGGUGUCAGGCACAAUUAUACGCCCGCUAGAGGACAUCACCGAUGGCACAGUGCAGUACAGCAAUGGCGAUAUUGAUCCCAAAUACAACAUUGUGGAAAUCACAGAGGAAACCAAGGCUGAGCUGGCUGCAAUCAAGAACGUAAUUGGCGACUAUAUCUGCAGGUUGUGCCGCAUCAAGUUCGACGACGCCUUCGGUUUGGCACGUCAUCGCUGUGCUUGCAUUGUGCUGCUCGAGUACCGUUGCCCCGAGUGCGGCAAACAGUUCAACUGCCCGGCCAAUUUGGCAUCGCAUCGCCGCUGGCACAAACCGAAAAAAUCGGCUACAAAUAGUGGUAGUGCAUCAGCAAUUUCUGCCUCGCGAAAAGAAAAUCGCAACACUACAAACAAUACCUCGCUCGCACCAAAGCACGUCGAACAAGCAGCAGAUUUGCCGUAUCCCUGCGAGAUUUGCGGUAAGCGUUUCAAGCGUGCCGCCUACUUACGCAAACACCAACAGACCCACAACAAGAAGCGUACAAUUAGCGCAAGUGGCGCCACACCCGCGCAGGAGACACCAGCUAUGGUGGCAGAUGGUGGUAUCUCAACCGCGUCUACAGCAGUAAUGGGUAGCUCGUACCAAUCUUUUGGCGGCUCAACUUCGUCCGCUUCGAGCAUACACUCGUACAACGGGGCUGCGGAAGAGGAGGUGGUUAGCUACGCAACGGCAAAUGGCGGUUUUAUAGAGUAUGUGGACGAUCAUGACGACGUGCGAUCUACGAGCAGCAGUACUAGUUCGGUGGGCUAUGGGCGUUUGCAAAUCGUCGAGACGGGCUUGACAGAGGAGGAGAAUAUUGCGGCGGCAGCGUUGACGAAUUUGCGAAACUGUGCCUCGGUGAUUCAGCACACCACACUGGCGCACUGA